UUUUAUCGAACUACUUGAGCUCUAGUUGUUUCCACAUUUUGUCCAGCUGGAAUUCUGCUGUUUUCUUUCCACCAGGCAGCAGAUGUUGAUCAGAAACAGUCGAGCUUGUGGAUAACUCAUCUAGCCUCAUAUUUUACACGCCGUGUUUUAUGUGCUUUUAAAGGACAAACGGUUUUCCGCUGGAUUACAGAUUCUUGCUCCCUCGUGUGAGAUUCACCGCUGAUAACCAGCUCCUCUGACCACGUUUGGCCAUCCGCAGAAAACUAAGCUCGAGAAGCGGUGCUGUGUUCACUAAGUGGUGAAGCUUUGGUGCUUGCAUUGGUGCUUCAUACAAACAAGUUUGUCAACCUGUAGGGGAAGAUGGGCUGCACAUUAAGUGCUGAGGAUAAAGCCGCGGUGGAAAGGAGUAAAAUUAUUGAUAGGAAUCUGCGGGAAGACGGAGAGAAGGCGUCCAGAGAAGUCAAACUGCUGCUACUCGGUGCUGGUGAAUCAGGGAAGAGCACAAUAGUUAAGCAGAUGAAGAUCAUCCAUGAAGACGGCUACUCAGAAGAGGAGUGCAAGCAGUACAAGGUGGUGGUGUAUAGCAACACCAUCCAGUCCAUCAUUGCCAUCAUCAGAGCUAUGGGUCGUUUAAGGAUCGACUUUGGAGAUGCAGCAAGAGCAGAUGACGCACGGCAGUUGUUUGUGUUAGCCGGAACGGCAGAAGAAGGGGUCAUGACCCCCGAGCUGGCUGGAGUGAUCCGCAGGCUCUGGAAGGACAGUGGAGUACAGAGCUGCUUUGCCAGAUCCAGAGAGUACCAGCUGAACGACUCAGCCUCUUAUUAUCUGAACGAUCUGGAGCGGAUAUCACAGCAGGGCUACAUACCCACACAGCAAGAUGUGCUGAGAACUCGUGUCAAAACCACUGGCAUUGUGGAGACUCACUUUACCUUCAAAGAGCUCUACUUUAAGAUGUUUGACGUGGGUGGUCAGCGCUCUGAGAGAAAGAAAUGGAUUCACUGUUUCGAAGGCGUCACCGCCAUCAUCUUCUGCGUGGCCCUCAGUGAUUACGACUUGGUGCUGGCUGAGGAUGAGGAGAUGAACCGAAUGCACGAGAGCAUGAAGCUGUUCGACAGCAUCUGCAACAACAAGUGGUUCACUGACACUUCCAUCAUCCUCUUCCUCAAUAAGAAGGACCUGUUUGGGGAGAAGAUCAAGAAGAGUCCUCUUACCAUUUGCUACCCUGAGUACUCUGGUUCUAACACGUAUGAAGAAGCUGCAGCCUACAUCCAGUGCCAGUUUGAGGAUCUGAACAGACAGAAGGACACUAAGGAGAUUUACACCCACUUUACCUGUGCCACCGACACCAAGCACGUGCAGUUCGUCUUUGAUGCGGUCACUGACGUCAUCAUCAAGAACAACCUGAUUGAGUGUGGACUCUACUGAAGUAACGAGGUUCUGUGCCAAGUCACUGAAUGUAGAGGGACUAACUUGAGCAAUGGCUCAUGGGAUGGAUCUCAUUGUCGCUGCCUAUAUUGGACUCCAGUCAGGUGAUGAGGAUGACCAGACACACUGCUGCUACCACGCUGCGUCUACACCGUAGUUCUUAUACGAACGUUCUCCGGACAGUCCCGUUUCCUUUCAAUCUUUGUUUCUUUCUAGGGAGAAAUAAAGAUGAAGGAUUUCUGUGCAUGAUAAAGUUCAUUCCAGUCAUUGUUUGACUAAAUAAUAGUUGCACUUGGUAUUACAGUAUUUCCAGUAGAACUAUGCACAAAGACCAAACUCAAACCGUUUCCUUGAGAUGCAUCAGCCCUUCUGCCAAAAAAGGAACAUCCGACUGUCAUCCACAACAUAACUGUGACUUCUCUGAAGAGUAGAUUUCCUCUGAGUAGUUUUAUAGGUAAGUUAUUGAGGUUUAGGUGUAUCUUUUAGGAGCAGGUUUAAUUUUAGUA